CGACCAAGGGGGCAUCGAAACAGAGACGGGACCAGAUCAAUGCACAGAUUAACAUGAUGCGAGAUUUGCUUCCUCUGGCCGAGACAGCGCGUCAGCGACUCUCUCAGCUCCAGAUAAUGUCUCUUUCAUGUGUUUACAUUCGAAAGUGUAACAUCAUGAGCAGAUGGUUCGGGACCAGUAGUACUGCUUCGGAAACACCUUUUGACUUUUUCCAGGCGUUGGCUGGUUUCCUACUUAUUACUACAAGAGAUGGGAAGCUAGUCUACAUUUCAGAAAAUGUAACGGAAUAUUUGGGCCAUUCUAUGGUGGAUAUGAAGACUCAAGGGGACAGUCUUUUCGAUAUUAUUGACAAAAGGGAUCACAUUACAGUCCAGGCACAGCUUUUAAGAGGGGGAACGGAUGUAAUUCCGGGACAGCCAUUAGCUUUCUUCUGUCGUAUGAAUAUGUCAAGAAGUGUUAAACGGCAAUCAGGCUUUGGUGACGUCAAAACAAUGCACGUCCGCGGCCAUUUUGUUGCAGUUCCUGAUCCAGAACGAGGUGGGGAACAAUUAGUGUUCGCUUCAUUUUGCUAUCCCCUUAUAACUAUUGAUAGCAAAGAUACACUUUUGCUCAGCGAUACUAUGAUAUUCAAGUCGGCACACCGUCUGGACAUGACCUACUUGGAAAUAUCGCACAGUGGUGAAUUUCACUUGGGAUUUUCGAGCGAAGAAAUAAUCUCCAAGUCUUGGUAUUCCUUUUUACACCCUGAAGAUAUAUGGGAAGGACAAACCAAACAUAUUCAAUUAAUCAAGUCUCGCCAUGAAAUGGGUUGUAUGCUUACAGUGCGCAUGCUCAUGGCAAACGGACAACAUAUCUGGGUUAACAUGGUCAUGCAUGUGAGGCAAGCACUAGCCAACAGUGACGACCCUGUCGUGGUGUGUGUCAAUCAAGUAAUCAAUGAGGACGAGGCUUGUCAGUUAAGAGGUCCAGCUUAUGCCUAUUCCACGGCCUGCGCAACACAAGUUCCCGCCAUAGAUAUGCUACCUCCUGGGGCGGCUUACUAUCCGAUGGCAGCCUCCAUACAACCUGAAGACCUAUUGACACCACACAUGCAGCAGAUUGUCUACGACGAUCCGAUGGCGCAUGCCUAUACAACAUUUAGCCUAGACAGGCAUCACCAUCACCACCAUCACCACCUCCACCCUUCACAUGCGCAUCACCAGCAGCAGCAGCAACAACAGCAACAUCAGCAGCAGCAACAGACACAACAGCAGCAUCCAUCUUCACAUCAUCACCACCAUCAGCAGCAGCAUCAGCACCACCAGCAUCUUCACCAGCAGCAAACUAGCCACCAACAGAUUCCGCCACACCACCAUUCUCAUCCUCACCCACAUCCUCAUCAUCAUCAUCAUCAUCAUCUUCAACAACAACAACAACAGCAGCAACAACAACAACAACAGCAUCAACAACAGCAACAACAACAACAGCAUCUGUCUCCUUACGGAAUUCCUUUACAAGCUUAUCCUAAGAUGGCACCCACAGGAGGAUGCGGUUAUGUGAAUGCAGGGCAAACGGCUGGUCCCGCCCUGCCACAACUUCCACCACCACCGUCACUGCCACCACCACAACAACAGCAGCAACAACAACAACAGCAGCAGCCACAGCUGCAGACACUAUUACCGCCGCCAUUACCACCACCACCCCCUCUACAACCGCCACCACCUUUAUCCGCAUCAGUGUCGUCUGCUGCUCAACAUUUAACGAAUCAAGUCAACUCUUCCGUUCCUCAACAACUCCCACCGCCACUCCCACCAACACUCCCACCACCGCCGCCGCCGCCACCACCACCACCGCCGCCACCAUCAUCAUCGUCGUCGUCUUUACAAGCCCAACCUUUGAUAGACUCAGUAAGCAGCAGCAGUAAUAGCAGCAGUUCGGCUUGCUUUCAAGAAACAACCACUAGUCUGGUGGAUUCCAUCACGAAUAGUACAAGCAACAGUGCAAGACAUUCAGGUGGAGUUCCUACAAACAACAGCAGUAAAAACAACUGCACCGACAUCCUAAACGCUGCAAAAGGAUGCCACAGCAGCGUCAACAGCAGCAGUAGAAACAAUAACAGCAACAACAAAAACAAUAAUAACAAUAAGAACAGCAGUAACAGUAAUGGUAGCAAUAACGGUGGCAACGGGAGCUCAAAUCAACUACUUCAGAACCAACAGCAACAAAGAUCACCCCAGCCACAUAUCCUCAAUAACAAUGUCAUUCCCAAUAACUAUAACACCAAUAGCAACAGUAGUAGUAAUAGUGCUAACAGUACAACUACUAUUAGUAACAACAGCAACAGUAACCAGAACAGUAAUAAUAACAUCCAGAACGCGAAUAACAGUCACAGCGAGAGCAAUAAAAAUAAUAAUAAUUCAAUUAGUAGUAGCAGCGGCAGUGUUAGCAGUAGCAGCAAUAGUAGUGGUAGCAAUAGUAGUAACAAUAACAGUGGUGGUAACAAUAGUCGCAGCAACUGCCAGAACAAUAGCGAAAACAAAAGAAGUCAGUCGAUUGGUGUCUUGGCUCUUAAAAGAAAACUGCAAUCGACCAAUCAGGACUCGUCUAUGCAAGAAUGUAAUCCACGUAAACUAGGACGUCACAUGUCGCCAUGUUACAGCAAUAAGAACAGCCAUAGCGACGGACAUCUUUAUCUGUCCGCAUUAAUGCACUCGGGGGUGCAGGAGGUUAUACAG